AUGUCAUUUUCUUGCGCCAGAAACUUCCUACAACGGUUCUGUACUGAAGAUGUUCACUCACGACGCAUCCCGAAUCAUGGCAGCUGCUUUUCCAAUGAUCUCUUACCAUCACUUGGAGCCAGAAUAAACCAGACAACUAAACUCAGAAGACACAUCAUUUCACCAUAUGAUCCUCGAUAUAGGGCUUGGCAGAUGUGGCUCGUUGUUCUGGUCAUUUACUCUGCAUGGAUAUCUCCACUCCAGUUUGCAUUUCUAACUUACAAGAAAGACGUCCUUUUUCUAGUCGACAACAUUGUCAAUGGUUUUUUCGCCAUUGACUUGGUUCUCACCUUCUUUGUUGCCUAUCUCGAUAGCCAAUCUUGCCUCCUCGUCGACAAUCCUAAGAAAAUAGCAAUAAGGUACAUAUCUACCUGGUUUGUCUUCGAUGUCUCUUCCACUGCACCAUUUCAGCCCUUGAGCCUCCUGUUCAGAGAACAAAGCAGUGAACUUGGGUUCAAAUUACUCAACAUGCUCCGUCUAUGGCGUCUCAGGAGAGUCAGCUCCCUGUUUGCAAGGCUUGAGAAAGACAUCAGAUUCAACUACUUCUGGACUCGUUGCACGAAGCUUGUUUCUGUAACAUUAUUUGCGGUGCACUGUGCUGGAUGUUUCAACUAUCUCAUUGCAGACAGAUACCCUGACCCCACAAGAACCUGGAUUGGUGCAGUAAACCCUAAUUUCAAAGAAGACUCUCUGUGGAACAGAUAUGUCACUUCAAUGUAUUGGUCUAUCACUACAAUAACUACAACAGGAUAUGGAGACUUGCACGCCGAGAAUCCAAGAGAGAUGCUUUUUGAUAUAUUCUACAUGUUAUUCAACUUGGGGCUGACAUCUUACCUAAUCGGGAACAUGACAAACCUAGUCGUGCAUUGGACCAGCCGGACACGAAAUUUCAGGGACAUGUUCAGAGCUGCUUCAGAAUUUGCCACUAGGAAUCAGCUGCCACCCCGCAUACAGGACCAAAUGCUUUCACACAUAUCUCUGAAAUUCAAAACAGAAGGAUUGAAGCAACAAGAAACUGUGAAUGGCCUUCCGAAGGCUAUUCGUUCAAGCAUUGCACAUUAUCUCUUCUAUCCCAUUGUUGAAAACACCUAUCUGUUCCAAGGGGUGUCACAUGACUUCCUUUUCCAGCUGGUCUCAGAAAUGGAAGCUGAAUAUUUUUCACCAAGGGCAGAUGUCAUACUGCAGAACGAAUCUCCAUCAGACCUAUAUGUACUGGUGUCAGGAUCAGUGAAUUUCUUAUCCUCGGUUGAUGGACAUGAUCGAGUUGUUGGCAAAGCUACUGCAGUAGACCUGUUUGGGCAGAUGGGAGUUAUAUAUAACAAGCCUCAACCUUUCACCGUUAGGACUACCGAGCUUUCUCAAAUAUUGCGGCUCAGCAGAACUUCUCUAAUGAACACCAUACAGACAAAUGGGGAAGACGGGCAUCAAAUAAUGCAUAAUCUUUUCAUGGUGAGAGAGUAAACCUUCACGACACCAGAAGACUAACUGCUGGUAUUUUUGCAAUGUAAGUAGAAACUGCAAGGGCAAGAGAGCAUACCCUCUGAAUCCGACGGAGGAAUGAUCCCUAAAUGUUGUGCAAUAACAGGAAGUCAAGGCUACCAUUAUAGUAGAGGUUAUGCAGAUGUUGUGAAUGGCCAAACAACUCUGCAUGCUGCAGUAUCCAAGGGGCAUGUAGAAAUGGUAAAGAUUCUGCUUGAAGGAGGGGCAUACACAAACAAGCCAGAUGAUAGAGGGUGGACACCCAAGGCAAUUGCAACAGAAAGAGGACACAAAGGCAUAUACGACCUCUUAGUAAGCUACGAAAACAAAAUGGCAUUAAACACCCAGGUGACAGAUUUCAUUGAGCCGGAAACUGUAGGGCUCAACUCAGCAAAGGCAACUACAAAAGCCACUUCUUCAAGUUAUUUUGAUGACAGGGAAGCAAAAAGCGUAAACAAGAAGAGAGUGGCCAUCCAUAUGAAAUAUCAAGAUGAAAGAACAUCAAGCCAAUGGGGGAAACUGAUCAUCCUACCUGAUUCCAUGGAAGAGCUGCACAGGAUUGCUGGUAAGAUCUCUUUAGUCUCGGCAGAGAGUUUGAGCUUAAACCUGGAUAUUGUCUGCAAACAUCAUGAACUAGUUGAGUUUGAUAUGUACAAACAAAAUAAUGAACAUAUAGAAGAGAAAAAACCAGCAGAAAUCUUAUUACUCAGUUAAAUUGCAUUUUGUUUACUGCAUACUCAUCCGAUUUGUCAGCAACUUGUGACACUGCAGGUGAGAAAUAUGGAGGCUAUACAUUUGCAAAAGUCGUCAAUGCUGAAAAUGCAGACAUUGAUGACAUAUGUGUUAUUCAAGAUGGAGACC